CCCAUUAAGGAUUUGGGCCCUCCCCAAUACAAAGCUCACAUAGAGAGGGAGAGAGGAUCGAAACCACACCAAGCUCACUCCUUUCACCAUUCACCCUCCUCCUUGGAUCCUCUCCUUCAACUGGGUCUCUCCAUUUGAUCCCAUUCUCUCCCAUUUUGAGCUAAAUUUGUGGUUUUUAUAAGCGCAUAUUGCGUGUUCGAGCUAUGUCCCGUUCGGUUCUAUGGGCGGUUUCGCCAAACGAAACUGGUGGGAGAUGCUCUCUCCACCGCCACCUUGUAUUCGGGAAGGGGAGGAGGAAGAGGAGCUGCGUCGGGGGACGCGUUUCCCCGAGCUCGGUCUCCGUUUCCCCCAACGGGCUCGCGGCCUCGGCGAGCUUGGUGGCGCCGCCGCCGCCGCCGCGGUCGGCGGAGGAGUUGGUGUACGACGUGGUGCUGAAGCAAGCCGCGCUCGUGAGCGACGGCACGAGGCCGAGGCGAGCGCCGCUGCCGCCGAUGUUGGCGGUGGACGACGACGCCGCCGCUGCGCCCAUGUACUGGAAUUUGCUGAGCGAGGCGUACGAUCGCUGCGGAGAGGUGUGUGCGGAGUACGCCAAGACCUUCUAUCUGGGAACAAAGCUUAUGACUCCUGAGAGGCAAAGAGCUGUUUGGGCAAUCUACGUGUGGUGCAGGAGAACAGAUGAACUUGUUGAUGGGCCUAAUGCUACCCACAUAACACCCACCGCCCUCAACCGGUGGGAGAAGAGAUUGGAGGAUCUAUUCGAUGGUCGGCCUUAUGAUAUGUAUGAUGCAGCUUUAUCAGAUACCGUCUCAAAAUUCCCUGUUGAUAUUCAGCCUUUUAAGGAUAUGAUUGAAGGAAUGAGAUUAGACCUGGAGAAAUCAAGAUAUAAAAACUUCAACGAGCUUUACCUGUACUGCUACUAUGUAGCUGGCACAGUCGGGCUAAUGAGUGUUCCAGUGAUGGGUAUCGCUCCGGAUUCAAAGGCCACGACGGAGAGCGUUUACAAUGCAGCUUUGGCACUUGGGAUCGCUAAUCAGCUGACUAACAUACUAAGAGAUGUUGGAGAAGAUGCGAGGAGGGGAAGAAUAUACCUUCCACAAGAUGAAUUGGCGCUAGCAGGUUUAACUGAAAACGACAUUUUCAGAGGGAAAGUGACCGAUAAGUGGAGGAGUUUUAUGAAAGGUCAGAUUAAGCGGGCACGGAUGUUCUUUGAUGAGGCCGAGAAGGGCAUUCCUGAGCUAGAUUCAGCUAGCAAAUGGCCGGUUCUGGCAUCGUUAGUGCUAUAUCGGCAGAUCCUCAACGCGAUCGAAGCAAACGAUUACGACAACUUCACUAAGCGUGCAUACGUAGGGAAGGCGAAGAAGCUAGCCUCCCUACCCAUAGCAUAUGCCAAAGCACUUCUGGGUCCUUCAAAGUUUGCUUCUUUGUUGUUAUAGUAGAGCUUCUCAUUAUAGAUGUUUGCAGUGCCCACAAAAGCGUAUAUUGCAAUCUUAUUGAUUGUUUCCACAUAGGGAAAUAUACCACAAUCCUUUACAGUGGCAAAGUAGAUGAAAAAAGAAAGAUAUUUUGCAGCGUUUUAAUGUGUAGUAGUCCCCUAUGGGGCCAAUAUACUUUGUUGGUAAUGCAAGUAGAGAAUUUUUUUAAAAAAAAUUUGAAGUGUUGAGCAUUGUUUCCAUCAAAGCAAUGAAUAAAGUUUAUAUUA